AGAACAGUCGAGGCAUACGUGACAUAUCCAGCAGACGGAUCUACUAAGAAAGCUAUUUUGCUAUGCUGCGAUGCGAUUGGCCACCGCUCGGUCAACCCCCAGCUAAUCGCAGACCAAUGGGCCGCCAAUGGCUACUUCGUCGUGGCCCCGGACCUAUUCCACGGCGACGCGGUGCCCCUGCAACGAUCUCCGGAUUUCGACCUCCAAAAUUGGUUGAACAGGCAUCUGCCGCCGAGAGUUGAGCCGGUCGUAUUGGCUGUCUUGAAGGAAAUGAGGACCACGCUCGGCUGUGAGCGGGUGGGCUCGGCUGGGUUCUGCUUUGGGGCGAAGUAUUCCAUUCGCCUGCUCCAGCCCGGCCAAUUCGAUGCCGCUUGGGUAGCACAUCCCAGCUUCGUUGACGCCGAGGAGGUUGCGGCCAUCAAGGGUCUCUCUCUCUAUCUCUGCGGCGGUGGGGUGGAGCAUGGGUUCGCUUCAAGAGGGGAUAUGUCGGAUCCCAAAGCCAAGUUUGCUAAGGAGUCUGCAUUCGUGCAGGCUGUCAACUGGUUCCACGCAUACCUGUAG